AUGGCAUUUCACACAUCCUCUCCCUGGUCCCCACAAGAGUGGUCGACUGAGCAAUAUUUCCAGCAGCCCUCACAGUCACUGAUGGUACAUGCCACGAUGGACGACGCCCCGGAACGUCAUCGUGUUUCGAGAAGAAGAACCAUGUCUUCAACCAACAGCGAAAGCUCAAUCUCCUCACCCACGCUGUUACUACAACAACCCGUGCCAGCCCUGAGGUUCACGAGCGAUGAACAAGGAUGGGUUGAUCGAAAGUCAAGCACCGGCAACACCGUAAUCGAGUCUUCGAUCAAGACGGACGAGCUCGGUAAUCAAAUGGUCGUACACAGGAGAAUCUUCCAGUGCUGGGACCACGGUUGCGGCGGCCGCAUCUUCUCUACACUCAGCAAUUAUCGAAGACAUUGCAGAGAGAAGAAGCUGCUGGAUUCGGGACGCAUCUCUUGCCAGCUCUGCGGGAAACGAUUUACCCGCGCCAGUGCCCGGGAUGCUCAUCUUGACCGGGAGUUGGACAGCAUAGCAGAGCUGAGGAGCAACGAUGCAAGACUUGCAGUGCAGCCCUGGCCAAUGUACACCACCCAAGGCGAGUCGGCCUAUAAUUCACAGGUAUGUGGCAUGGUCAUUAAAAGCAAGCGAUCCGGCAAGAUGCUAACAUGUUGUUAA